UCUUCACUCUUCCCUCAGUGCUGCCUUGCCCUUUGCGGAGGCUGAGAAGUGUGAACACAUCCUGUUUAUCUCAGCAGCACCACCACCGUGCUGGGUUCAGUGGCAGCGGUGCAGACACAGCUGGCGAGGCCAUGGAAGCGCUGCCCAUCUACCACGGGGGCAUCACUCGAGAGACUGGGGAGAAGCUGCUGCUGGCGGCGGGUGCUGAUGGCAGCUACCUGCUGCGGGACAGCGAGAGCAUCCCGGGGGUCUACUGCCUCUGUGUGCUGCACCAGGGUUACGUUUAUACCUACAGGGUAUCCAAGACAGAAUCUGGGUCCUGGAGUGCUGAGACGGCACCCGGGGUUCACCGGCGGCUCUUCCGGAAAAUGCACAACCUCAUUUCAGCCUUCCAGAAACCCGACCAGGGCAUUGUUACACCCCUGAAGCAUCCGGUCAUCAACCAUGCGAAAGCCAGGUGUUCUCCAGGUAGAAAUGACGGUCGUGACUGCCUGCAGCCAUCAUGAAGACGUUUCCCCGUGGAAUAACCCCAGCUCCCAGUAGUGCCUCCGGUCCUGCUCUAGAACAGCACAAGCUAUGAUAGUUAGUACAACUCUGUGAGUUUUCUUGUAACAUUUGCUGAAAUGUGUUUCAUAGUAUUUCUAGCUCAAAGUUUAGAAGUUUUAGGUUUCAGAAUGUUUUUUUUUAAAUUUUAGUUUUAUUUUUUUUGGUAAGAGCUAAGAGAAAAGCAUCAACAACUAAAUGGUGUCAUAUCUUUUUUUUUUCUUUUUUGCAGUCCUAAGUGCAAAAUAUUUUCUAAUCUCAAGACUAGUCACUCUAUUUUACAUAAACUGACUUUCAACUCUUCUAUGCUUUCUUCUGAUAGGCAUUUAUGGGCAAUACCCCUUUUGUAGGCUUAGGAAAAUUGCUUAUAUCGAGUGUCCUUUCCUUGAACUCAGACUUGGUGUCUGUGUGACUGUCGUACAGUUCCAAAAGGUAUUCCAGACAUGGCCUCAGGAGAAUUCCCACUAGCUGAUUUCCCAUCAUAUCAGGCUCUCUGCAAUCCAACAGAACCACUCAGUGCUGUCUCCACGUACAAAAUUUAUAAUUUGCGCAAAGAAUUGAAAGCUCAAGUAACGUUCUGAGUAAAUGAGAACAAUCACUAGUGGAGAACCUCAUACUUUUUAUUUUUCCAAUAUUUUCUCUACUUGAAAAAAUCCC